GAUCCGCCAGUAUUACUAUUUGAGUAAAAGCUUCCUUAUUGACAUAGCUGUUAAUUUGAGAGGGAUUGAAUAAGAAUUUGAGUCUCCUUUCCUUUGAUUUGAAUAAAAAAUUUGAGUAGAACUCAAUUGGGAGUUGGUUUUGAGUCAAGAACUGGAGUGAAUUUUAGGGUUUACUCAAAUUUUGGUUUUGAUUCAAGAAAAGGGGUUAGGGAUGGAGAUGCUCUGGUGGAUUCGAUCACUUUUGCUGUGCUGGACUAUAUGCAUAUUUCUUACAUGUGAAUGUAAUAUGCUUGUUAGUUGUUAUGAUUUGUGGGUGUUUCUUAUUGCUUCUGGGUAAUUGAAAUUGGCAAAUUUUGUACAAAUUGUGUUCUAUGACAUGUUGUUCGCUACAGUUACCGGAACAAAUCCUUGUGGGUUUUUGGGUGGCUGAUUUUGAGUGGAAAAAGUUAUGCAGUUGGAAAGUUGAGUACUGGAUAGAGAAUUUGGUAUUGAAAAGAGGAAUGGAAUGUGCUGCUAGAACUAGCACAGAGAUCCAUCCCCAUUCCCAUCGAGGGGCACGGUGACAAGAAGCUCAUUCCUUGUGUUCGAUAGGCACGAGUCCUAUGUUCUGCUAGUCACCAAACCUCAUGGGAGUAAGCUUCGAACCACUGGAGCACCAUAAAAAUGUUUAGACAUUUCCUUUUGUGGUGAACGUUAUGUCAAUUUGUGAUGGAUCUUACGAAGGGACAACAUAAAGGGAAGGCAUGGAGGAGGGAGCACCGGAAGGCAUGGAGGAGGGAGCACCAAAACCACCUGUUUCAUUUAUGGACAAGAUUUCCACUUACAAGAGAAUGGUGUGGGGAACAUAUAUAAGCAAGCCAAUCUCAUAUUGGGUUCUUCUACUCCUAAGCAGCGGAGCAAUGCUCGUGGCAUUCCCUGCUUCUAGUCUCCUCUCACGUGUCUAUUAUUCCAACGGAGGGAAGAGCAAAUGGAUCAUUUCAUGGGUUGCUGUUGCAGGGUGGCCACUGACGGCUUUAAUCCUCAUUCCCACAUACUUCUUUUGCAAAACUUGUCCCUCUCCCCUUACCAUAAAACUCACGCUUUCCUAUAUUGUAUUGGGUUUCUUAAGUGCGGCUGAUAACCUCAUGUACGCAUAUGCAUAUGCAUAUCUCCCAGCAUCAACUGCUUCUCUUUUAGCGUCAUCAUCCUUAGUGUUUUCGGCCCUGUUUGGAUACGUUUUUGUGAAAAACAAAAUCAACGCUUCUACAAUAAAUGCAAUCGUGAUCAUUACCGCCGCUAUGGCGAUCAUUGGAUUGGAUUCGAGUUCCGAUAGAUACGGGGAUGUCACUGACAGCCAAUACAUCAUUGGCUUCGUUUGGGAUAUCAUGGGGUCUGCUCUCCACGGGCUCAUAUUUGCCCUCUCGGAGCUUGUCUUCCUGAAACUGCUCGGAAGGAGAUCGUUCCAUGUUGUUCUAGAGCAACAAGUAAUGGUUUCUUUCUUCGCCUUUGUGUUCACCACAAUUGGGAUGAUCACGGACAACGCUUUCCAAGGGAUGAGUUCCGAGGCCAGGAGUUUCGAGGGCGGAAAAGUCUCGUAUAUCAUGGUUCUUAUCUGGGGUGCUAUUACUUUCCAGUUGGGAGUUUUGGGAAGCACUGCUGUGCUUUUCUUGGCUUCAACUGUCUUAGCUGGUGUUCUUAAUGCAGUGAGGGUGCCUAUCACAAGCAUUGCUGCAGUUAUAUUGUUGAAGGACCCUAUGAGUGGAUUCAAAAUAUUGUCUCUGAUCAUUACCUUCUGGGGAUUCGCAUCAUAUAUCUACGGUAACUAUUCGUUGAGUAAGGAUUCCUCAUAAUCUGUUUGGUUCAUAUGUAAUUGAAGGUUAGUUGGGUGUCGCCAUUGAAUUCCAUUCAUAGUGUCUGUCUACUGCUCAAUGCUCAGUUUAGACAAGAAUAUGGGUCUUUUUUUUCUUGCAGCCUGGUCCUCUCUCUGUAAACAAAAACUGGUGUACCUUUAUUUUCGUAGAUUAAUUAUAUACGAACCUCCAAACACGGGAAUCUCGAGACAUUCCUUUUGGUACACAAAA